AUGGAAUCAUUCUCAGCAUCCACGCCAAACCUCCCACUAUCUGAUCCGAUAUCUGAUCCGAGCUUGGCCAUCUCCGCCCGCGAGACACCAGACGAACAUCGGAGACAGCUCGUCGAGGGCUUCGGAUUCAAUCGAUGGUUCCUCGUCACGUACCAGGCUGCCAUAGUCGGAGUGGUACUCGUGGCAGCAGCCAGGCACCAGUACCUGUCUUGGACGCGCUCAAGACGAAGGAGGCGAAGGGACGAAACACUAGCAACAUGCAAGGACGACAAAGGCAGAGAUGGCUCUUCGUACGUCUCGGAGGACUGCACAUCCAGCUCGUCCAGUAGCACGCAAGCUGGCGGCGAUGUGUCGCCCGUGAGUUGCAGCAAAGGCAGACCGUCCACCGAGAGCGACCCUCUCAUCUUUGACGGAGACAACCCCAGACGUCCUUCAGUCUCGCUGAUCGGGAGAGCAAGACAAUCGCUCAAAGGAUCCCUGAUGUAUCAGUCACCUCCGCUUCCCAUCAUCAACCGGACCAUGCCCGAAAAUGAGACGGUACUCCUGGUCCUUGCUCUGCUCGGACUCAACUUGUUUUACAUCUUUUAUCACGUGGACUACAGCACUCUGACUUGUAUAGAGGUUAUAUCGGACCGCUCGGGUUUAUUAUUCGUCGCCAAUCUGCCGUGGCUGUACCUUCUAGCAGCUAAGAACCAGCCACUCAAAGCGCUCACCGGACACAGCUACGAGAAUUUGAACUUGCUGCACCGGAGACAAGGUGAGAUGCUCUGCCUGCUGGCAGCAAUGCACUUCUCGGGGAUGAUUUUUGCUUGGUGGCGUGUUCUGCGCCCGCUCCAUCUCACUCUUUACGGUUUCUUGACCAUCAAUUACAUUAUUUGGGGCGACUUUGCAUUCAUUUCAUACGAGGUUCUGUACUUCACCAGUUUGAGCUCGUUCCGUGAGUGGUGGUACGAAAUGUUCUUGGCUUCCCAUGUCUUUCUCCAGGCGGUUGGACUGGUACUGCUGUACUUGCAUCACUUCCGUAGCAGGCCGUACGUUCUGGUAUCACUGGCUAUAUUCCUCCUGGAUCGGAUCGUGUGGAGGUUAGGGAUUAAGACGAGGGCCUUUACAGCAACUUUGGAGAUAAUGGAAGAUCGCGAGACGGUCAAGGUGUCCGYGGAUUGGUCCAUCGUUUCUCGUAAAAGGGGCCACUUGCGAAAGUGGUUGGGAUGGGACAUGGGUUGUGGCUGGGAUGCCUCCCAGCAUGUAUUCCUCACCGUUCCUGGCAUCUCGAAGCAGCAUGCGCUGCAAUUCCACCCCAUGACCAUUGCCUCUGCGGCCCCGGAGCCAGGACAGGAGCAUGCCUGGUUCAACCUCAUAAUUCGUGCCAAAGGCGGCUUUUCAAGGGAUCUGCUGCACCAUGCAAGAAGUCACUCAGUUGUUCCAAUCCGACUUGAUGGUCCUUAUGGAUCCUUGCAUGCCCUGGAGAUGCUACAUGCCAGUGAUGUCUCCAUAAUCGUAGCUGGCGGGUCUGGAAUCGCAGUCGCAUAUCCCAUGCUCUGGWCACUCUUACACAGCAAGAGUCGUCUGAGGCAACGGAUCUGCCUCGUUUGGGUGGUUCAAGAAGCUUCACAUGUCAGUUGGCUAGGUCUUGAAAGAGUGGAAGAGUUGAAGGCGCUUGGACUGCAUCUUGUCAUCCCGCCUCCAAGUCGGAGAUACGGACGGCCGGAUAUAGAAAGUCUUCUACACGAGAAGGUGUACCAGCUCGCGGACCAAGCAGAACAUACAAGAUCCCAGCCGAAGAUUGGAGUGGUCGUGUCCGGCCCAGACGGUUUGAAUAGGAGUGCGCGUAACACAUGUUCGCGCCUCGUAAGGCGAKAGGGCUUAGACAUAGAUGUUGCAGUGGAGAAGUUUGGCUGGUAG